AUGGGAAACUUACAGUCGAUGAUUUGCAUAAAUCGCAAGAACCUUGGAGUCGAGAAAACAAUUAAAGAGGAGAUAGAAGAGACACCGGUGGUUGAGAUCCAUCUCAACUGCCCUUCAAAUACGGGCUCAUCCCAUUCUCAGCGGGAGCUAAGGAAGGACAUUGACACCGCAGAGGCGGUAGAGUCAUGCAGCGUUGAAACCAUCGAAAUUAAGUCUUACUCCUGCACUGAUGAUGAAUGGUCAUCAGAUUCAUUAUCAAGUCAAUCAGAAGACGAGUGUGAUACGACAAGUGAUGCACACGAGCAUCAAGAGGAAUCCUGCACCUUGGAGGUCCGCGGGAAGAAAUGUUUUCCCAGACACAUGGAAAUAACUGGAUUGGGCCAAGAAACCGAUUAUAUGGAUUCUUCUACAAUCGCACCGGUUGAAAGUCGCACAAACUGGAGAAAUGAGAGACAUUCAGUGCAAGGUAAAAAUUAUAAUGAUGGAUACAGUUUCAUGGCAAGAGAGUAUCUGGCAUCAUCAGCACCUAGAAGAGCUCGUCAAAUUUCAUUUCCCGCUCCCCGCCCCUCGCAGUGGCAAUGGAUGUAUUCCAAGAUACUCAAACCAAGGGAGCAGCUUGCCAAUGAAAGUUUAAAGAUAAAGCAACUGAGGAAGGAAUAUGUGCAUCGAGAAGACGGGGCAGGCGCUAGAAGUGGACGGCUAAUGGAGAAGAUAAGGAAAACGGUGAGACCAAAUGCGACCGAAGAUUCCAACAGCGGUCCAAGCGGCCGUGGAAGCUUGAGCCCGCGGUCAUCCUCUGCCGAUUCUGUCACUCACAAAACUUCAUCAACAGAAAGAAAUGACCACACGACCGGGAGAUCUCGCAAGUUUUUUCGAAGGAGAAUUAACAAAGUCGCUCCAGUCUAA